UGUGGCAGGAAUUUCAAAAACUUCCUCAACCAACGGCGUUAGAAACGAUACAGAGUGGUUACGUUAAUGAAAAACCAUUUGACGCUGUACAAGAUGUCGGCUUAAUUAAUAACGCCGUUUGCGCUGAUAAUAAUAAUGGUAUGAAGUUUCAAUUUUUAUUGCUGAGUAUAUAAAAUUAGUUAUAUCUAACAAGCUUCUAAUGAAUGAUAUUGGGUGGGUAUGGUCAGAGUUUCCGCGGUUUUCUCAGGAACUAUCGUUGGAAAUGGAACGGGGCGUUGAUGCUAUACAGAGUAUCUCUAUGGUUAGACCCGUGACAAUAACAGACAAAUCGUUGGAAAUGGUGCAGAACGAUGAUGAUGAUAUACAAGUCACCUCUUUAGUAGAGUCUGCGACAAUAACAGACGAGGUCACCGAUACUAAUAACGGUAAGAUAUUUAUGUUUUAUUGUUAAAUAAAUAAAUAAAUAAAUAAAUAAAUAAAUAAGAUCAUUUAUAUGAUGCAGGGUCUGUACCUGUGAGUCAUACGACGGAGGUCGUAAACUCGUUUAAACACCUUGAAGAUUAAGUAUAUCAUCAAUGCAAGUGGGGUGUGGUCGCUCUACUGCUGUAGAAGUGGGGGAAAAAGAAGAGUCGCACGAGAUUAGGAGAGAAGGCGUUGUAGAUGUGGAUCCUAUUGAAGAAAGAGACGCGUUACAACAUGCUCAAAAUGAAGUCGGAGACCCAAUAACAUUUAAUAUAUCGAACGAGAACCAACGCUAUUUCCAACGGUUUGAUGCGUACGGUCGUGAAAUAACGCUCGUUAUUUGUCAGGCUCCAGAGGCUACCGAUCCAUUAAUGUGGCUGGAUAAAGUACUUGUAGAAAUACACGCAUAUCUUACAAAUUCGAGUGAUCCUGACGAUUACAUAGGUGUAACAUUUACAGCCGAUACUUUUUCACUUGGUCCAGUGUGGUUAUCUUUCCGUUAUGUACGCGAUUUUCAAUAUAUAGACUUAUGGGCACUAGUGAGCCGAGCCGCACAAAGCAAUACAAAUUUUUGUAUUAACGAUAGUUGUACGAUAACAUGUUGUGUAAUACGUGGAGUAAACGGAUGUUCGCGAAGAAAAUUAACCCAUGAUAAUGUGGCAAAACGGUCGAUAUUAACGAUAACAAACACUGAUAAUUUAUGCCUCCCACGUUCAUUAGUAACAGCUUUGGCAUAUGCAGAACGCGGUGAAAUUCGUUCGGGUGAGUUACAUCGUUAUUGGAUGGCUAUACGUUUGGCUAGGGGUAAACUACAAAAAGAAAAGGCGCUCGAGCUUGUAAGAAAUGCUAAAAUAGAUAUACCGCCUAAUGGUUGCUCUAUAUCGGAGUUAGAGUAUUUUCAAAAAUAUUUAGCAAACGCGGGUGUAGCUAUAGUUGUAUACGAGGUUGAAACGCUAGGGCAUGGUGGAGAGCCUUUAUAUGAUGGGACGGCUUUUGUAAUAAAUUCAUUCACCAGCGUCGUACAUACUCUGCGUGUUCUAUAUUAUCGAAGAUUACACCAUUUUGAGCCGAUUCUAAAUUUACGUGCCGCUGUAGGAAGUAGGGGUUUUUGCGUGUUUUGCAAUGUAGCGUAUACUAGAAUAAGGGAUCAUAAAUGUUCGCGCAAAUGUAAUCGUUGUACGGGCCAACCACCGUGUAUAAUAACCGCAAAUCCCCGUAUUAAAUGUAAUUCUUGUAAACGCUCUUUUUAUAACAACGAUUGUUUUCAACAACAUUUAAAAAACCCAUACGACGACACAAAUAAGAAAAAAAAAAUAAAAAAAGUGUUUGCGAUACAUUAAAAAUAUGUGACACGUGCUCAAGAAUUAUUACAAUAGA